AUGAACCCCUGCGUGACAGCACUGGCUCAGCCCAUGGCAACAGCGGUUGCCGCGCUGGGCGGCGGAGCUCCCCCCGGCGGCCCCGCCGCCGCCGAUGCAGCGCCCCUGAUCCUCAUCACCACUGUCGACAUCGGGGAUGGCAACUCAGACCUGAUUGAGGUCCGCCAGGGGGACGACCCCAUCGACCUGGCGCGCGCGUUUGUGCAGAAGCACGCGCUGCCGGCCGCCAUCACCGAGGCGCUGGCGCAGCACCUGCGGGACAACCUGCGGGAGGCGGGGCAGCAGCAGCGGGGCGGCGGGGCGGAGGCGGACAGCGUCGGCGGACUCGGCAGCGCCCGCAGCCACCGCGGCGGAGGCAACCUCUCCGCCCGCAGCGACGGCAGCCGUGCCAACGAUGCCGACGCUGCGGUGUUUGAGCGCCUGUAUCACCAGGCGGUCGAGCUGCGCCAGAAGAUCGAGGAGAAGAAGGCGCGCCUUGCCUUUGAGGAGGACGCGGCAGUGAGCAGCAUGCGGUUCCAGCGCACCUGGAUCAGCCAGGAGAUGAUGCGUGAGCGCACCAGCGGGCCCUAUGGCAAUUAUGGGGAGAUGCUGUACGCAGAGAGCGUGGAGGGCAUAGCGCGCAAGACCCAAAAGGCUGAGCGCCAGCGUGCCCAGCGCGCGGCCGCGGAGCUGCAGUCCGCCACCUUCAGCCCCGAGAUUACGCGCCUGGCGCACCAGCUGCGCACCCGCAAGGAGGGCGCCGGCGUGCCCGCGUGGGAGCGCCUCAGCAAGGUGAUGAAGACCAAGACGGCGGAGCGCAUGGAGUCGCUGCGCAAGGAGCGGUCCGAGGCGGAGACCCGGGAGUGCACCUUCCGGCCGGUGCUGUGCAAGCGCAGCGACAAGCUCAUGGCGGAGCGCACCGACACGUUCAGGACGCUCAACGUCAGCGCGCACCAGCAGCUGUACCAGGACUCGCUGCGCCGCCAGCAGAAGCAGGAGGCCUACUCCCACUGGUUCCCGGAGGACGUCACCUUCCAGCCCAAGCUCGUCGCGGCGCAGCGCCCCGCCGGAGCGCUGGGCGCGGGCGGUGCCGCGGGGGCGGGGGCGGGCGACAGCCAGGCGGCUCGGUUCGAGCACCUGUAUGCCAGCUAUGAGAAGUUGCAAUGCAAGCUUUCCGAGGCGCGCGCCAAGCUGGAGAGCCCAGUGGACCCCGUCACGGGGCGCGUCCUGCACAAGCCCCAGACCGGCCGCGGGCCGUCGUUCACGCGCCACGGCCCCGAGCAGGGCGUGGGGCAAUACCUCCACGGCCUGCAGUCAGAGAGGGACGAGAAGGCCAAGCAGCGCAUUGAGGACGAGGUCAAGCGCGCCGAUGAGUGCCGCGCCACGAGCGUGGUGGCCAGCAGCGCCGCCAUGGUCCGCAAGCUGCACCGUAGGAGGUUUGGGCAGGUGUUUGAGUUCAUGGACAAGGAGGGCUGCGGCACCCUGGACAUGGCCUCCGUUGCUGAGGAGCCCCCAGAGUGCCUGGAGGAGCUGGACGAUGACGUGCGCGCUGACCUGGAGGUGGCGUCCCGCCUGGCGUGCAGGGGCUUCACCGUGGCCAGCAUCAAGGGCCCCGAGGGCUCCCGCGCCACCACCCCGCGCUCCAUAGACCCCUCAGAGGUCCCCCUGGACGUCUUCUGCGCCCUGAUGGAGGAGGCCAUCGCAGCCCGCCCCCGCCCGCGCGCCUACCUCACCCCGAGCGCCCCCCAGAAGUACGUACCAGGAGACUCCUUCGCGCCCGUCAUCGACGAGCGCUCCAAGCAGCUGGCAGCGAAGCUGAGACCCAAGGACACCCCCUGCCACGAGCUGCUGUACCGCGAGGCCACCAACAUCACCGCCAAGAAGGCCGCGCUGCGCGCAGCCGCGCUGGACGCCGCCAUGGCGCAGUGCACGUUUGCACCCAAGCUGGUGUCCGAGCAGAUUGCCCCUGAAGGGCGCAUCAUGAGGACGGUGCGCCAGGGCGUGGGGCCUGCCAGCCAGCCACUGGGCACGUGCAGGGUUGCGGAGGCCGAAGCCAUCCUCGCGAGUGUGGGUGCCGCGGCCAACAGGGCGGACGCUGCUGACGCGCACUUGCGCGCCGUCAGUGCGGGCGGCGCGAGCAGGGCGGAUAUUCUGGUGUGCCACGGCCCCGGUGCUGACGAAGUGGAGGAGGAGGAGGAGGAGGAGGGGACUUGCGCAUCUGAGUUCCAGGGUGACCUGAGUGCACUGAGGGCUCAGCUUGACUCUGCGAAUGUCGCCGAGGAGUCUGAAGAGGUGGAGGAGGAGGAGGAUGCCGAGAGUGUGGUUGAGGAUUCCGAGGAACAGACGGAUGAGGAAGGGGACGAUGCAAGCGUCGCGGGCGCCGACGGCCAGCAGUUCCUGGAGCUGGAGAGGGAGGUGGAGGCGAUGCUGGAGGCGACAAACGCGGCGGCGGCCGCUGCUGAGCGGCUGAGCAGCAGGAGCGACCAGCGCUACCUCAGCCAAAUCCUGGGCCUGACCCAGGAGGCAGUUGACGCCAUGCAGCCCGCCAUGAGCAGCCUGCCCGGCUGGGAGUCGCGCGCCAGCCGCGGCGGCUCCGCCAUCACCACCGGCGAGUGCACCGCCGCGCCAAGCGCUGGCCCCCGCGAGGCGACGCAGCUCGCGCCCCGCCACGAGCUCCUGAUCUCGGCGGCCGUCACAGAGGGCGUGGGCGCGGCGGCGGCGGCGGGGGUGUCGACGAGGGCGUCGCUUUUCAGCGUGCCGUGCGGGGAAGGCGGGCAGUACGACGGCAGGGAGGACGAGGAGGUGGUGGAGGACGAGCGGCGCGAGGAGCCGCAUGGGGAGGGGGUUUCCCACGUGCCGGAUUUGAUACGGAUGGACAGCACCCAAGACGGGGCUGCCGCCGCCCGCCAGCAGUGA